UUUCUAUGACCAUUAGUCCAUAGACAACCUGGUUGUAAAAUUUUUGAAGUUUUUUCCAUCCUAAGCGCCGUUUUCAUAUCCCCGUAAAUCAGUUGAUUAUUUUCGUUUACGAGGAUAUUUACAAUGGCUUCCAGAAGUGCAGCAGCUCGUAGGGCUCCUGAAAACGAAUCUGCCAUAGCAUAUGUACAGGCAGAUGGUUUGGCUGUUAUGAAAAUUGUAAAACAUUGCCAUGAAGAAGCUACAACAAAUAUGGAUAUUGCUCAAGGAGCUCUUUUGGGUCUUGUAGUUGACAACCGUUUGGAAAUAACUAAUUGUUUUCCAUUUCCAAAACAAACUGAUGACACCAUGGAUGAAGAUGAGUAUCAGUUGGCAAUGAUGAGAAGACUAAGGCGUGUUAAUGUUGAUCACUUUCAUGUAGGCUGGUACCAAAGUUCUGAUGUUGGUAACUUCUUGAGUAUACCACUUUUAGAAUCCCAGUUCCACUAUCAAACAUCAAUCGAAGAAUCUGUUGUUGUAAUAUACGACACUCAGAAAUCGGCUAGGGGUUUCAUAACAUUGAAAGCUUAUAGAUUAACUCCCCAAGCAAUUGAAAUGUACAAAGAGAAUGAAUUCACUCCUGAAGCCUUAUUGAAACUGAAAAUUGGCUUUGAAAAUUUGUUCACUGAAGUUCCAUUUGUGAUCAAGAAUUCAGCAUUGACGAAUAUAAUGAUGACUGAAUUGAGCGAACUAGUUCCAGAAGAAGAGGGUGCAAAGUUUUUGGAUUUGGGAACUGCCUCAGUAUUGGAGGGUCAGCUGAGAUGUAUGAUGGACAGAGUGGAUGAACUCAAUCAGGAAGCUAUUAAAUUCAAUAGAUAUCAACAGACAGCCAGUCGUCAACAAUUGGAGAAACAUAAGCUUUUACAGAAAAGAGCUCAAGAAAAUGCUGCCCGUGUAGCUAAAGAUGAGCCUCCCCUACCUGAAGACGAUAUCCAUAAAAUGUUUAAGCCACUUCCUGUUCCUGGUCGUCUUAACCCAAUGAUCAUCGCUGGACAAAUAAAUACUCACAGCCAAGCUAUUUCACAGUUCUGCUCGCAGUCUUUGGCCAAACUUUAUAUCACCCAAGCAUUACAAAGUGCUAAAGAAGCAAAUAAGAACCCUUAAAUUUUUUUUUUUGAGUUUGGCUAUUUGCUACUUGAUAAGAUUUAUUGGAAAUCUUCGCAAAGUUGCAAAUUCAAACUUUUUAUUAUAUCGAUUUUUCAUUCUUAUUAAAAUUAGAGUGAAGUA